AUGCCGUCGGAGAAGACCUUCAAACAGCACCGAACCUUCGAACAGAGAGUAGAUGAUGUCCGACUUAUCCGAGAGCAGUAUCCUACCAAAAUCCCGGUAAUAAUAGAACGAUACAAAGGUGAGAAGAAGCUUCCAGUCCUGGAUAAAACAAAGUUCCUGGUGCCUGAUCAUGUCAACAUGAGUGAGCUCAUCAAGAUAAUCAGAAGGCGCUUACAGCUCAACGCUAAUCAAGCCUUCUUCCUGUUAGUGAAUGGACAUAGCAUGGUGAGUGUGUCCACACCGAUUUGUGAAGUGUAUGAAAGUGAGAAGGAUGAAGAUGGAUUCCUGUAUAUGGUAUACGCCUCUCAGGAGACUUUUGGAAUGAAAUUGUCUGUGUAAGGGUUAAAAAAAAAAAAAAAAAGCAUCUGUUCUAGAAUUUUUUAAACCCUUAUUUACCAAGGAAUAAAAAAGGGAUAUUACCAACUGAUUGAUCAGUUCAUCUAAUCACAGAUCAUCCAAACAGUAGUGUUCCUGCCUAGGAGUUUUAGGAAGUUGUUUUUUUGGGACUUCAAGCAGAAAAACUGAGCUCCAAAUGAGCACAUUCAGCUUUGGGAAACUUUAUUAUUAUUUAACCUAGGCUGUCUUGUUUUCAAAUUUAGAAGUUUAAAAAUAAAAUACUUUGCAUUCUAAGUUGCCAA